UUCUUAUCAAUUCUUCAGUUUUAUCGCCGUUUGUGAAAAGCCCCAAUUUCGCCGUUUGUGAAAAGCCCCAAUUUCGCCCUAAAUCUCCAUAUCCAUCGCAAUUGAUAGCUCGAAUCCAUUUUUGAGGCAUGUCUUUCUUCUUCCUCCUAAUUUCGUUAUUUGUUUCGAUUAUUUGUGAUUUCAAACAGCUUUUGAUUUCGAUAAGGGUCAGAUUUAGUUAUCUGUUUUGUUAGGGUUCGAUUUAUCUAGAUUUAUUUCGUUAUCUGUUUUUUAGGGUUCGAUUAUUUACAGAUUUUGAGAAUGUGGAGUUUCGAAUCCAUCUGUUUUGUUAGGGUUCGAUUAUUUACAGAUUUGACUCAAAAAUAGCUUUUGGAUUUGAGUAUUUGCGCCUUCAUAAACUGAACGAUUUUUUUUUUUUCCCAAGUGUUGGUGAUUGAAAUGUUGGGGAACUGAAGCUUCUCAUUUCUCUGUACUCACACAACAGAGCUGAUCCUGGUUAUAAAAGUGGAGCUUGGAAAUUUGUAAGGGAUGUGUCUGCGGCUUUAGGUGACAUAGAAAUGAUAAUAUGUCCUUGUAAAGACUGUCGUAAUGUAGUACGACAGUUAAACAGUGUUGUGGUUGAGCAUCUUGUAAUAAGAGGGAUGGAUGAGGCAUACAAGGUGCAUAGUGAUUGGUAUCAUCAUGGAGAUGUGAAGUCAGUAGAUGAAUUUCAAAGUAAACCAACUCAGUGGAAUGAGGAAGUUUUUGAGUUAUAUAAAGCUGCUGAAUUUUUUGAUCAAGAGUUGGCUUUUAGAGGUGACUUAGCUGACCAACCUGUGGGCGACUUAAGUGAGAUUGCAGAGGGUGAGGACCAACAAGAGGAUGAGUUCCUUGCAAAGAUCCGGGAUGCUGAAACCCCACUAUACCCUAGCUGUUCAAACCACAGCAAGUUAUCGGCUAUUGUGACUUUGUUUAGGAUUAAGACACAUAAUGGCUGGUCGGAUAAGAGCUUCAAUGAACUGCUUCAGACAUUGCCAAGCAUGUUGCCAGAUGGUAAUGUCUUUCACACAUCAUUGUAUGAUGUCAAGAAAUUUUUAAAGAGCUUUCAUAUGGGAUAUGAAAAGAUCGACGCAUGUGUUAAUGAUUGCUGCCUCUUCAGAAAGAAGUUAAAGAAGCUUGAUAAAUGUCCCAAAUGUAAUGCUUCACGGUGGAAGACUAAUAAGCGGACUAAUGAGGUAAAGAAAGGUGUCCCACAGAAAGUAUUAAGAUAUUUUCCAAUUAUACCAAGGCUGAAGAGAAUGUUCAGAUCAGAGGACAUGGCUAAGGACUUACGGUGGCAUUACACUAACAAGAGCACUGAUGGAAAACUUCGACAUCCAGUAGAUUCUGUUACAUGGGCUCAGAUGAAUGAGAAGUAUCCUUCAUUUGCAGCUGAAGAAAGGAACAUACGGCUUGGGCUGUCCACAGAUGGAUUUAAUCCAUUCAACAUGAAGAAUAGUAAUUAUAGUAGCUGGCCUGUGCUAUUGGUAAACUACAAUUUGCCUCCUCACCUUUGUAUGAAGAAGGAGAAUAUAAUGUUGACAUUAUUGAUUCCUGGUCCACAACAACCAGGUAAUAAUAUUGAUGUCUACCUAGAACCUCUUAUUGAGGAUUUGAAUCAUCUGUGGAAGAAUGGAGAGCUAACGUAUGAUGCUUUUAGUAAAAGUACAUUUACUCUAAAGGCAAUGCUUCUCUGGACCAUUAGUGAUUUUCCUGCGUAUGGAAAUCUUGCUGGUUGUAAAGUAAAAGGUAAAAUGGGAUGUCCUAUGUGUGGGAAAAAUACUGAUAGUAUGUGGUUGAAGUUUAGCAGGAAACAUGUCUACAUGUGUCAUAGAAAAGGUUUGGCUCCAACACACAGAUAUAGGGAAAAGAAGACUUGGUUUGAUGGAAAAGUUGAGCAUAGGAGAAAGUCAAGAAUUUUAACUGGUCAUGAAGUUCAUCAGAAUCUGAAAAACUUCCAAAAUGAUUUCGGAAAUGUGAAAAAGGCUGGGAUGAAGAGAAAGAGAACUGUCUANAAGUGA